AUGUCCGUGGCCUGCUGCGUGCCCCUUGUCGAGUGCGUGUCCUGCCUAGCGUGCGCCCGUUGGGUCUGGAAAAAGUUCCUCUACACCGCAGGCCGCGAGAGCGAGACAUGGGGCCUCGCCACGGCUGCAGAGUUCGAGCCCGUGCCCCGACUCUGCCGCUACAUCCUCUCGGUCUAUGAAAACGACCUUCGCCAGCCGGUGUGGGCCCCACCCGGCGGUUACGGCAUAAAUCCCGACUGGGUCGUCUCCAAGAAGGACUAUUCCGACACGGCCGGCCGAGUCUCACCUUACAUGAUCUACAUCGACCAUGAAAAUUCAGACAUAAUCUUAUUGAUCAGGGGACUUAAUUUGGGUAAAGAGAGUGAUUUUCUACUACUGCUUGAUAACAAGCUCGGCCAGACUACGUACGACGAUGGCUACGUGCAUAAUGGGCUUCUGAAGGCGGCCCAAUACGUUUUGGAGGAGGAGUGUGGGGUGUUGGGGGAGUUGGUGGGUAGGUAUAGUGAAUACAGUUUGACUUUUGCCGGGCAUUCUCUUGGGGCCGGGGUGGUCACGUUGCUGACGAUGCUGGCGGUGAAGAAUAGGGAGAAAUUGGGGGGUGUCGAGAGGGAUAGGAUCAGGUGCUUUGCAAUUGCGCCUGCACGGUGUAUCUCGUUGAAUUUGGCGGUUAGAUAUGCGGAUGUGAUAAACUCGGUGGUGCUGCAGGAUGAUUUCUUACCCCGGACAACAGUAGCACUUGAGGACGUCUACAAAUCACUUUUGUGUUUCCCUUGCUUGAUGUGCAUAAUGUGCUUAAAAGAUACGUGCACACUAGAGGAGAAGAUGCUCCAGGACCCAAGGCGGUUGUACGCACCGGGUCGACUCUAUCACAUUAUCGUGAGAAAACCCUUCAGAUGUAAAAGAAUUCAACCACUCGUUAGGACAGCAGUGCCUGUAGAUGGGCGGUUUGAGCACAUUGUGCUCUCGUGCAACAUAACAUCGGACCAUGCUAUUAUUUGGAUACUGCAGGAAUCUGAAAGAGCAUAUAAUGCCAUGCUGGAAAAAGAGCAUGCUAUGAACUUCCCCCGAGCACAGAAGAUGGAAAGACAGGCAUCGUUGGUGAAAGAACACAACGAAGAGUAUAAAGCAGCCAUAGAAAGGGCAGUCGCAUUGGAUGUUCCUCAUGCAUACCCGCCGCUACCUUCUUAUGGAACUUUCCAAGAAAUGGAGAAAGGUCAAAAUUCAAGCACCUUGCAUGAGGAUUAUUUUGUCGGAUAA